UUCUGGAAAAACGCGUCUGUAUUAGGUACUAAAAUAACGACAAAAAGAUUACACAUUACUUUAGCGAUAGCGGAUAUGGAUUGCAUUUGCAAAAUCCUAGUUUCGAUUAGCGAUGUUUAGAUGAGUUUUCCCUAAUCCGCCUUUGGCCUUAAACGCUUAUCAUAUUAUGACUUCGUAACUACAUUUUUUUUUUAUAACUCGACGACGUCAGUCAUUCGGGUGGAAGAAAAAAACACCAAAUCGCAAAAAGCUUUGCGCCGACUACAUUCUAAUGUUUGGUCUAAUUGCUAGAGCAAGUGGAGGAAGAAAAAAAGAUUAUUGACGAUCUUUAUAAAUAAGAUAAAUCUAUAAAGUAAGAAACUUCUUUUUUUUAUUAUUAAACGGUGCUAGACUACCUCGAUUGUGCAGUGCAUGUGCGUGUGUGGUCUUUUUUAAUUUCACGCAAUCGAGUCACGCAAAAGUUAGUUGGGAGAGUACAUGUUAGACUAGUUAAUUCAUUUUAAGUAGAAUAAAUUCUAUUAUAGAUGUUCAUAUACGAACUUCUUUACAAUAUGUAACAUCCACGUCAAAAUUGACGAAUAAUCGACUUGACAGUGUGUUGAGGUCACUAUAGUAAAAAAAUGUCUGUUACGAAAUUAACGAUUAAUAAAUAUGAAAAUUGCUCUAAUUCCAAAUAUAUGAACGUUAUAAUUGAAGAGGAUGGCAUAACGGCAGAAACGAAAUUCGGUGACUGGAUUGAUGGUAUAAAUGAGCAUAAAAAGAAGAAUACAGAGAAGUCUUCUCGAUUGGUAGUGAAAAUAAUCUCUGAAGACGAAACCAAUGAGUUCAAUUUAGAUUCUUGCGCUAGAGAAGUUGAUGAUAUAAAUAAGUAUUUGUGUACUAAUAAGAUUCUUAGUGGUAAUAUCCUACAAGACGAUGAGUACAAGGCUUGCACCAAAAAUUUCAACUCGCAUGAAUGUGAACAAAAUAGUUUACUCAAUAACAAUAAUAUUAAAGGUCGUGAUGAUAUUAGCGAAAAAAUAGCUCGUGAAAAUGAUACUUCAAUAACCGAAUCACAAACAUAUGAUUCCAAGCAAUACCUGAGUCCACUAGAACACAGUUUAGAAAAGGUGAAGGAGAACAACGCCCGUAUUAUGGAAAACAUACAUUUACUAAACAGAACACUGAAUUAUACUAAGAAAAAAGAAAUUCUUGACAUUGUAUCACCAAAAUCAAUGCCGUCCUAUUCUUGUAAUACUUGUGGGAAAUGUUUCGUUUACGAGACUGGGCUGAGGAGACAUUACUCUAUGAGGCAUGCCUUCUCAGAAAUUCAGCCUCGCUGGCAAGUGGUGUGGACAUGUGUUCAAUGUUUUCAAGUGUGGCCGAGUCAAGAUCAAGCCAUGAAACAUAUACUCGUCUGUUGUAAAUCGGACAAUCCUGAAUAUGUAAGAGAGAUCAAAACAUCAUCGCUAUUGCAAUGCGAGUUUUGCGAAAAAGUAUUUACCAGUAUACCCAGAUUGCUGAGACAUUUUAAGACGCAUACUACUGCAAACAAUUACAAAUGUAAUGCAUGUGGAAACGUAUUUUUAUCAUACAAAAGUGCAGAACAACACUGGCUUCUUUGUCCUUGGUUGAAAGUUUAUUAUAGCUUUUCAUUGCCAAAACUUUUGUUGUGCAAUGCAUGCGAUCGCAAGUUCAGAAAUUACGAUCAACUAUAUAACCACAGGUAUAAAUUUGGUCAUUUUAUAUCUAAAAUUCAUAAUAGUGAAGAGGGUUCUAAUUCUGUUGGCACAUUAGUUUACCAAUGUGAAAUUUGUGGACUAUGGUACCUAUCUCCAAUGAUAUUAAAGGCCCACAGGAAUCAAUACCAUCCUCACACAGAUGAUAGCAUAUUGCCAGGAAUGAACAAAAGUAUAACCCAGGAUUAUACUACACAAAAUUGUGAGUUCCACAUUGAUUAAGAGUUACAAAGAAUAUACCUUUGCUGUGUGUUAAAUCUUAUUAGGAUUAGAGUAAAGCUGUUAUUACAAUUUACAAUAAAAGUUGAUUUCAUCAA